AUGGCUAGUGAGGAUAGUUUUAUAGUGCUAGUACACCACAGAGGUUCGAUUAAGAGGAAAACUUGGUCUGGCGUAAAGUUCACUGAUAAGGAUCCUCUAUGUAUUGUCGUUAGCCCCACGACCAGCUACGAUGCUCUCGCUAGUUCCGUUCUAGUCAAGCUUGGUCUAGAAGGAGUGAAAAGGGUUAAGAUGUUUUUCUAUCGCAUACCAACCACGGUGCUUCAUGAUACGGUGAAGUUUGAUUGUUUCACGAUCGGGAGUGAUGAGGACUUGCAGGUCAUGUUUCUUUCUCGUAGGCAGUUUCCCGAGGUGAGGACACCAGAGCUGUUGGCAAAGUUGGUUGACGUUGUAUCCAGCUCGGGUGGGUCAAACCGGAAUGCCAACACUAUAGCCACGAUGGCCGGUUCGAGCUCGAGACCUGCGGUUGCUUCAUCGUCCGUUCCAGUGUAUGAGCCAGCGAUCCAGUCUGCCGCCUCCCCGUCUUUUGCUGUUGAUCUUAGCGGCAAUGUUGGAGAAGAGGUUGGAUAUGGGGAACAUCUUCCGGCCGAAGUACAGUGUCCUCCACCGGCUGGUGUUGGAGAGGGAUUAUGUGAUGAUCCAGAUGACGAUGAUGUCGAGCCGGAUAUGAUCGCUGAUGACAGUGGCGAUGAUGUUGGAGCGAGUGAUCCGAUAAGGGUUACUGGUGGAUCUAGUUCUGGCACACAGCAGUACCCACCCCAUUUUUCAUCUUUGGACCUGCAUGCCAUGAGGCAAGAUGAAUAUCCUGGGCAGCUCGCUGGAUUUGGCGCUAGAGAUACGGAAGGGUCUGCUGGAAUGACAGAGUUCCAGACGUACAGCAUCCGCCGAGGGGUACAGUACAAGGUAGUUGAAUCUGACUAUCGCAGGUACGUGGGAAAGUGUUCUGAGUUUGGGAAUGGGUGCACAUGGUUGAUUCGGUUGAGUCUCCGGCAACGCAAGGGCAUCUGGGAAGUCAAGCGGUAUAACGGACCGCAUACCUGUCUGGCCACCUCCAUCUCGAGCGACCAUAGGAGUUUGGACUACCAUGUGAUAACGACAUUCAUUAUGCCAAUGGUUAGAGCUGACGCAUCCGUGAACAUCAAGGUGCUUCUUAAUGCCACGGCCUCACACUUUGGGUUCAGGCCUACAUAUAGGAGGGUGUGGAUGGCGAAGCAGAAGGCGGUUGCAAUAUGGCGCUCAAUAUGGCGCUCCGGUCUUACUCGAACCAAAUGUUGGUCAUUUUUUCUGGGAUUUGGUGGGGUAUGA